CUUGCGCGGGCCAGUCCUGAAGGAAGUUCCCGGCGAACCCCGGAUAGCGGUGGAGAGCUACCCGGACCCAUGGCGACCCCAGAGGCCAGCGGCAGCGGCGGGAAUGACGAGGGCUGCGACCCCUCUGUCACCUACUACCGACUGGAGGAGGUGGCGAAGCGAAACUCCGCCGAGGAGACGUGGAUGGUGAUCCACGGGCGAGUCUACGAUAUCACCCGCUUCCUUAGCGAGCACCCUGGUGGGGAAGAGGUUCUGCUGGAACAAGCUGGUGCUGAUGCAACAGAAAGCUUUGAAGAUGUUGGCCACUCCCCCGAUGCCAGGGAAAUGCUAAAGCAGUACUACAUUGGCGAUGUCCAUCCGAGUGACCUUAAACCUAAAGGUGGUAAAAAGGAUCCUUCAAAAAGCAGUACAUGCAAAAGUUGCUGGGCAUAUUGGAUUCUCCCCGUGGUGGGCGCCAUUCUUGUAGGGUUCCUGUAUCGUCACUUCACCACCGACAGCAAAUCCUCCUGAGGCGACCAUGUUGGAGUGUGGGAGCGCAUGCUCCUGGAGCAAGAAGUAGACACAUACUGUGGAGGCUGCAGCGAUGCUCCCUCCUUAAAUCCUGCCAGUUGUUUUCCUCCCCACUUGGAGCCAAGAUGUUGACCAGAUAUCUAUCCUCCUCAGUCUAGGACCAGCAGGGUCCUUCACCAGCCAGAACCUGAUGCCCAAAGCACCUACUCACAUUGUGUCCUUGCUAGGGUUUCUUCUCACUGGCUUCCACUUGUUUCCUUCAUUUCAAGAGUUUAUGCCUAUGAUUAGAGUUCCGAUGUUGUAGUGACAUGGCCUUUGGGGACAAUAUAUGAUUUCUCUUACUUUGACUUUGCAUUAGAUAUAUUUAAGGGAACAGCACUCUAAUUUUGAAUAUUUUCCCAAUUUUCUUUGAAGUAAAUUUAUUUUUUAAUUCUGAUUUAAUUUUGUCUUUAUCAUAAGGAGUUUAAUUCAUGAAGUUAAGAUAUGUCUCUCUUAUUUAAAACACAGCUCCCAAAUGAUCUUAUUUAUGAUUAUUAAAAGUAAGGGACCGAAAGAUAUGUCAUUGGAUAAAAGCAAUUGCCACAAAGACUGCUGACCUGAGUUUGAUUUCCUGGACCCACACGGGUAGAAAGAGAGAAGCAAUUACCAAAAGUGUCCUCUGACCUCCACACACAUGCUGUAGCCCUAGUGUACACAUACACACGUGUUUAUACACACAGGAGCACACAUUCGGACAGAGCACACACAGGCACAAGUGUGCACUAAACAAAUGUAAUUGUUAAAAAGUAUACAAAAAAAUAAAAAUUAAAGAAAAAGGACUAUGUGGUUUUCUCCCUCCCAGUUAGUGUAGCUGAUGGCUCCUCUUGUCCCUAAAUCUGGCCCCUUUCUUCCCAAGAAUACUUUAUAAAACUCUGCAUCCCUUUGGUUUCUCAGGUGUAGAAGAGCCAAAGAAGGGAUCAGCGAAUUAAGGUGAAUUCAGAAUAAUCUCUUUUAAAAAGAACAAAGCACCACUUACAGGACAGCAGUUAAAGACACCAGUUUCCAGCCGUCUUCACCCUGGCUGUCUUUGCUAGCGAAAGAUGAGUCUUCCCAUGGCGCUUCACUAAAGCCUGGGAUGCUGCCCCUGUGGCUUCAUGGAAGGCUCUCGUUGCCUUUUUAUUUGCUUAUUAACAAAUUUUUGAUUCUGUUUUAUCAAAGUAAGAGACUUCUGUUUGGUCUUACCUCAGUAAAAUAACUUCCAUGUAAAUGUCAUUGUUGGGGCAUGCCACUUGAGAUCCGAGACCUUGCCAAGACUUCUGUUUUCAUCUGUGUUUGCCUCCAUGGCUCCAACUUGUUGAUUUUGUUCUGCUUUUCUUCUGAGGAUUAUAGUGAUAAAUCUGGAAGCUUUUUCCCCUCCCUUGGAUAUGUAUUUCAUUGGAAAGUAGUUAAUCAUUUAAAAUUACUGUUUCAUUGGUUCAGGCAUUUUCCUGGCAUCUUUGACUUUAUUCAUUUCCCUGUGGUGAUACCUGAGUUUCCCAGCUAUUUUUUUACUCAUUAUCUGUGAUUGUCCUCCACAUUCUUUGUUCAUUACCAGUCUGCUUCCGGGCCUUUGUCAUAUCUAGCAGGAAGCCAUUGAAUUCUAAAAGGACCACAGAUGCUGGGAAGUGUCUCCUGUCUCCCUUCCAGCUUGCCAUGGGACUUGACAGUACAGGAAACUGCACAUUAAACCAGUCUGCCCAUGCAAACUAUUUAAGAAAAAGUUCAGGCCAGGAUUUCUAUCCUGAGAUUCAGCGGUUGAAUGAAUUCAGAAUUCAUCCAAAUAUCAUUAGCCUUUUCCUUGCAUACUUGGAUAUGAUACGUUAGAGUAAUUUCUAGAUGACUUUUAUGUAUCAGGGAUGCAGACUUAAUCAAACUUCUGUCUUUAAUAAUGUCUGUAACAUGCUAGAGUGAAACACUAGUUACUCUGUAACGAAAGUGGCAUGACUGAGUACACCUCCAUCUAACAGCAAGGAAGGUUGUGUGCAGUGGGGCUUGGGGUCCCCUUGCUAUGAGAGCCAAGCUAUGUGGGAUAUGUCGGGUAGAUGGAAAGAAUAAGGGCCCAUUGAGGUACAGGAAGGGAGCAUUGAAGCUAACCUAAGCCUGAAGAUAACUUGGAUCAGUUGUGAAUGUUUCUUGGCAUCUCUUCACAUCCAGUGAAAACAUCUGAUCAUAGAAAAUGUUAAGGACUGGUUUUGGCUGGGCAGUAGUGGCGCACACCUUUAAUCCCAGCACUUGGGAGGCAGAGGCAGGUGGAUCUCUGAGUUCAAGUCCAGCCUGAUCUACAUAGUGAGUUCCAGGACAGCCAGAACUAUAUAGAGACCCCAUCUCAACACCGCCCACAAAAAAGAGCUGUAUUUUUUAUUUUAUUUUAAGGUGUUUUGGUAUUUCUAUGGUAAGCAUCAAUACAAAAAUCGUGUUUUUUUAUUUCACGUCUGUGAUUCCCCUGCUUUUAUUUGAGCUGUUUUACUGAGAGCCGAAAGGAAAAGAUUUUUAUGCUUUCGUCUUUGCCAUUUAUGAAAUCCAUAUAAUACCCAGGGCUUUUUUUGAACUACUGAUAAUGUGAUGUCAUUUUAUAUUACAUAUAUAAAAAAUGCUGCUUCUUUUUUGGCCAGGCAUAGGGGCAUGUGACUUUAUUCCCAGCACUCAAGAGGUAGAGGCAGACAGUUCUUGAGUUCUAGGUCUGCCUGGUCUAUAUAGCAAGCUCCAGUCCAGCCAAAGCUACAUAGUGAGACUCUGUCUCAAAACAACCACAAAACCACUUUCAUGUCUGUUUGCUGUAAUUCUGUUGCCUACAUAAACAGGGGAAAAGGUAGGUUUUACGUGAGAGUUUGUUGAGGCUUUUCCUCAACAAAGCAAUACAGCAUAUGCACCAAAUGCAUUAAAAAAAACCCUGAACUUGUCAAAGAAGCCUUAACAUUUGUGGGCCAUGCAGACAUCAUUGAGAGCAAGGGGAACUAGUCCCUGUUGGCUGACAGCACCCCCGACCUGUGGGGUGGUUUGUUGUUAAUUCUUGAAGUGGCCAACUGCCCACACACACCAUGCAAGUUAACAGCUGGUGAACACAAAAGAGGGAAUUCGUGCUACCAAGACACAGGGUGUUAAUGCCCAUUCUGUAAAUGUUCCUACCUGGCCCUGGGAGCUGGUUUUCCUUUCCAAGUGACUGCACGUUUGUAAAGAAAGCGGGACAAAGUUUAUGAUCUGUGUUUGCAAACUCCUUGUGUGAUUACUUAAGCAGAGACAAGUCUGUCCAAAACUGUCCUUUGAGCUGCUAGGCUCUUUGGGCAGCUGCCAUUGUUGCUUAUGAUGCUGGGUUGUGCUCAUUUAGCUGCUGAGGAGCAGUGAAAGGUGCUUUGACAAGCUGGAUGUUUCGUCACGCAUAGCGUUCAUUCUUCAUCCCAGGUGAUGCCCAUCAGGCUGAAGUCCACCUGUGGUGACUGAAGCACAGAGCAUGAAUGUUCUUUGCCUUCUAUCCCAAGGGAAAUGGAUUCAGACAUGUCAUGUCUCAACAAGAAACUGAAGUUUUGAGGCUGUGCGAUUCAGUUGCCAAAUAUCCCAAAAGUAACAGAGAGCUCCGUCACAUUUGGCCAACUUUGGAAUUCGUGGGGGUGACCUAGGAGGGGGUCUCUGAAGAAGCAGAGAUGUCUGUCAGCCACCUGCCUUAUGCCCAGUAUCUUACUCGUGAAUUUCAGUGGCCACCCCUUGCCCACACCUACGCCACCUACAUGGGCAGUUUGGGCAGAACAUCAUUUCAGUUACGUAGCUCACUUUUUACUGCACCCUCAACUGCAGGUGACUAAUGUUAACAUUCCUUCUGUGUAUUCAAUGAUGGAGUUUGUUUACCUAUUUGACUGCAGCUUAUUUUGAACAAAGAUCUUUGUCUCUUUCUACUGGAAUGUGCACACAGUGAAUGUUUGUUAGAACUACACAAUAAAGACACUGUUUUCCUUUUCUCGUCCUGA